GACUGGAAAGUUUUACGUUCCUUACAACUGGCUUGUCUUCAUUCUUUUUUUCACUUUUUUUCACUGCUGAAUUAGUCGACCCCCAACAUUCCUCGCGCAUAUUCCGUACGGGUACGGUUCGAUAUUUUGCGAUGCGAAAAUCACUCAUCUCCGCCUUUCUCUUCCUCACUCUCGCUCGGGCCAGGGUUAGCUUCAAUACAACGGUUAAGGGUUUCGACUACGACGGUAUUGUUCCAGCCACUGGUCUGAGUGAAUCCUGCGCAGAGGCGUAUGCUGCACGAGUCUCCUGCACAGAUCACCUCUUCAAGCUGAGAGACUUGGAGAAGGGCAGCAAGCUAUUCCGCACUAAAGAACUCGCCCAAUUUUGCACUCAGGAUUGUGUGGAUAGUUUGAAUGAGUGGGACACAAAUCUCCAAGGCAGCUGUGAUGAUAGGGACAAGAAUUUUGCGAAUAGUCUUGGGUCGGGAGUUUACUUGGGGAUGGCGUUGAAGGAUAAGCAUUCUGUCCAGGAGAACCUCUAUUGGUCCUUUUGUUUGAAGGACGAGAAAUCGGGAGAAAAGAACGACUUCUGCCUUGCCAAAAGCGAUGACCUACCCGCCUGGCCCUCAAACACUGCCGGGAACGCUUCCGAUACGGCUCUUAUCUCGGAUUUCUGCAAGAGCAGCUGUAGGACUCAGCAAUCAUACCUCAUGCAUAGAUCCGCCAAGCACCUCGGAUUCUCCGCUAUUGAUCUUGCAGACGCUGAGAAAAUUUGCCCUGGGCUAGACGUCUCUACCUUCCCCGUUAGCAUCGAGAUGCUCGAUGCCUUCGGGAGCUCUGCCGACCCAUCGCCCGGACGGCCGGAUGCUUCCAAACAGGCCGGCGAGGAUGCAGGGCAAAUUGAGGGGACAGAGUACGAUUGGGACUUUUACAAGAGCGAUUUCGGUUCUGGAACCGCCGCCUCUCUUCGCGUUAGCUCCGCGUUUGCCUUUUUCGUCGGAGUAACAGCCAUCAUCGCCAUAUCUUUGUAACUCUGGUUGAUCGUUUAUUUCGUCCAUGCCUUUUUUCUUUCAUCCUUAUCCUUACUUUACGUUCAAUGUAAAUCUAGAUCUAGUAUAGUUAUUUCUUUCUUCCAUUUUUUUUUUUUUUUUCCAUUUAGAGGGGGGGGGGGGACAGCGGAAUCAGGGGUUUCUGGGUUUCUGUUUUUAAAAGUGUUCAAAGUUGGAGGAAAGGUUAUCAUACUGGAAUAACCCCGGCAUUACCUUGGCUAAAGAAA